AUGCUCGCCUACCGAGGUCCAACCCUAGUCUUGAUCCAAGCCGAAGAAAUGCGUAGUAGAACACGCACCAAAGAUGUUGUACCUGAACACUUCGAUCCGGGGCUACCCCAAACCCUCCGCGCAGGGUCCGACCCAAGGAAACCGCUGCUGAUUAUUCCUGAAGACUUCCACUCUGUCACUUUCAAGGGAGUGCCGUAUCCCUUGCAGAACAUCGAGGUGUGGAGUUGCGGUGACCAGGCGUCUCGUGAAACGCAGCUAGAAAUCAAAAAGUGGCAAGUCAAGGAGGCUGAGAGACAAAGAAGUGUGAAGUUGUCAGCCGCGGACUGGAUCGAGCACCCAGACAGAUACCUGCUAGAGCUGGCCGGCCGGCCGCAGUACAUCAACUCGGCCAGCUAG